CAAAACAAAACAUCAACCAGAGAGGGAGGAGACUAUAGAUGUUGCCAGAAAAUUAGUUUGCUCUGUCUUUUCUUUCUCCUAGAAUGUUUCACAGCCAAUGGUGCCGAUUAUAGGGGAACGCAGAACUGGACGGCACUACAAGGCGGGAAGCCAUGUCUGUUCUGGAACGAGACUUUCCAGCAUCCAUACAACACUCUGAAAUACCCCAACGGGGAGGGGGGCCUGGGCGAGCAUAACUAUUGCAGAAACCCAGAUGGAGAUGUGAGCCCCUGGUGCUACGUGGCAGAGCAUGAGGACGGUGUCUACUGGAAGUACUGCGAGAUACCUGCUUGCCAGAUGCCUGGAAACCUUGGCUGCUACAAGGAUCAUGGAAACCCACCUCCUCUAACUGGUGCCAGUAAAACGUCUAACAAACUUACCAUACAAACCUGCAUCAGUUUUUGUCGGAGUCAGAGGUUCAAGUUUGCCGGAAUGGAGUCAGGCUAUGCUUGCUUCUGUGGAAACAAUCCUGACUACUGGAAGUACGAGGAGGCAGCCAGUACCGAAUGCAACAGCGUCUGCUUUGGGGAUCACACCCAGCCCUGUGGUGGUGAUGGCAGGAUCAUCCUCUUUGACACUCUCGUUGGCGCCUGCGGUGGGAAUUACUCAGCCAUGACUUCAGUGGUCUAUUCCCCUGACUUUCCUGACACCUACGCCACAGGAAGGGUCUGCUACUGGACCAUUCGGGUUCCAGGAGCCUCCCACAUCCAUUUCCACUUCACCUUAUUUGACAUCAGGGAUUCCGCUGACAUGGUGGAGCUGCUGGACGGCUACACCCACCGUGUCCUAGUCCGUUUCAAUGGAAGGAGCCGCCCACCUUCGUCCUUUAACGUCUCUCUGGAUUUUGUCAUUUUGUAUUUCUUCUCUGAUCGCAUCAAUCAGGCCCAGGGAUUUGCUGUCUUAUACCAAGCCAUCAAGGAAGAACCGCCACAGGAGAGGCCCACUGCCAACCAGACACUGGCCGAGGUGAUCACGGAGCAGGCCAACCUCAGUGUCAGCGCUGCACGGUCCUCCAAAGUCCUCUACGUCAUCACCACCAGCCCCAGCCACCUGCCCCAGACCGUCCCAGGAUGGACAGUGUAUGGCCUGGCAACUCUCCUCAUCCUCACAGUCACAGCCAUUGUAGCAAAGAUACUUCUGCAUGUCACGUUCAAAUCCCAUCGCGUUCCUGCUUCAGGGGACCUUAGGGAUUGUCGUCAACCUGGGACAUCGGGGGAAAUCUGGAGCAUUUUUUAUGAGCCUUCUACUUCGAUUUCCAUCUUUAAGAAGAAGCUCAAGGGUCAGAGUCAACAAGAUGACUGUAGUCCUCUUGUGAGUGACUAAAACCUCCCCCCGUGGCCAGGACACGAGGUCCCUCAGAGCUCAAGGCCGCUGGGGACCACCUCUCAUGUGGUUUCCUCUGACCAACUCUCCCCUGCCUCUCCCUCGACCUCUUCAGGGGCGCCCUCCUAUGGACUGGGAAGGGGCGCUCUGCUGCAGGGACAGGCACAGCCUGGAUUCGUCCUGCUUUAUUGGCUGCACUUAGGAGAGAGACUCAGGGUCCCAGGGUCCAGGCCCUCCUGUGUCUCUCUCUCUGAUUUAGGAAUGGGGGUGUCAGGACGGUGGGGCUGAGACAACAGAGAUGGUUGUGUCUGAAACUGGGUUCAGGUACAUUCUAGAUGACAUCAGGUGGUGGGUAGGUAUAGUAUACGUUGAGUCUUGCUUGCUUCUCCUCCAUUUUGUCCACACAGAGAUCACUUUCUUCUGGUCUUCAUGGCUUGGAACAGGGCCAGACAGAACUCUGAGGUUCACUUGAGAGUUGGCCUGGUUCUGUACUCCUGGGCAUUAGCACCCCCAAAGCCCUAAAGAGGGCCUAUUCUCUAUGCUGACACUGAGGCUUCGCUCUCUGGGUGCUAGAUGAGGAUGGGCCUCCUCCAACCUGGGAAGGCCUGAGAAUUGGGUCUGGUGACCCCCAUUCAUGUCAAACCUGACACCUUCCACAUACAGGCUUCUUUCCAUAGCACGAUGACCAGCAGAGCAAGCUUGAGGAGUGAUUGUAUAAAACAUCCAUUCAUUUAUUCACGCAACAGACUUCACUAAAAACUCUUAUAGGUGCUCAGUAACUCCUUGUUGGAUUAGAUGUGUCUGGCCUUGCCCCCGAGCAGCUCGUGGUCCUGUGGAGGCUGAGCCAGGCCCGUCUGUCCGUCAUUCUCUAAGUUGACUCUCAGUUCAGAACAAGGAGUAUAAAUAUUGUGGUUUAGCAUUCAGGCAGCAUUAUGUGAGCCAGCAGUCCCGCCUUAGGUGUCCUUCAUUUUAAAAGAAGAUGAAAAACACCCCACGGCCUGUGCCCUCUGCAGCCCUCUCUGCCCUUCUUAUGGGGACAGAAUGGGGUUUGGAAUGGCUCAGUGGGGAAGGAGGGGGCUCUUGUCCCUGGGCCCACACCACCCUGUGCCUCAGACGGAGGUGAAUUGCAGAGAUGGCAUGAGGAGUGAGAGGGAGAGUUUGGGAACUGGAGACCCUCUGAGGAUGGGCCUCCUAAGACUGCGAGCUGCAACUGCAGUGGCCACCGGUUGUGAGCCAGUGCCAUCUCCAAUUUAGAAGUCCCCACCAUCCAAAUGCAGGCUUUGUUAACAGCAGCUGAGAAAGCAGCCUGUGCCUCUGAAGGCCGGGCCUAAGCCUUUGUCAGAACAUGACUCUCCCAAAGGCACUCAGGCCUUGGGCCUUGUUGUGCCUCUGGACUAACAGGUUUCCUCUUAGAGCACUUUGCCUACCUCCCCAGUCCCUAAGUCACUGCCUGCUGCCGCUCUUCCUGGGUUCUGCCACACUGGCAACCUGUCUGCGCCUGGCCACUCCCAGAAAGAUGGAGGGCCAUGUGGGGCCAGCUGGGAGGUGUCUGCAGGGAGAAGUGACACUCAGCAACCAGGAGAGAUGCUAGGAGCUGGCAGGCAGAGGGGCAUUCAGAGGAGGGGAAUGGGGCAAGGGUGCUGCCCCAGGCGCUGUGUGAGGCCUGCGGCAGACAUGGAACUGCUCAGUGCUAUCUUCAUGCUUUGAUCUGGAAGGGGUGAUUACCCUCGAGCAGCUGUCUGCAGGCCCCUGGGUCUGGAGACAGAAGCCUGUCCCAUACAAAGACCACUGGAAAUACACUGACAUGUGCAGUCUCCCCUCCAAGCUAUUCUUGGCUUUUGUGGAAUCUCCUCUCAAAUACAAGUGUCAGGUGUGUGCAGUCACAAAGGGCCCUAUGCUCUGAAUAGAUCCUUUCACAGCACACAGGGAAUGUGGAAUUCAGCAAAGAGUUCGCCCAGCCGAGGGGCAGUUGUUCGGCUGCCUAGGGCUUACUCUGAUUGCUGCCCUUUGGGGCAGCCCAUGGGCCCACCCACCCAUCCUGCCCACCUCACACCUCGGGUCAUGGAGAACAAGCCCCAAGCCAGUGUGUUGUCUGAGCCUGUCACUGGAGCAGCCCUUUCUCAGAGAUCCUAGAAGUGCUGGUCAUGCCCCAGUGCUCUCCUUCCGGCUGGCCCUGGCACAGCCCAGUGCCACCAGGAUCAACUUACUGUCCAGGGAGCAGCGGUGGGAAACCCAAACCAGCUCAGGACAGUGUGGGGGGAGAUGGCCAUAAAUUGUCCUUUUCCAUAAAAGCCUUGGCCACAUUUUGGCCACGGCCUUGGUUGGAACCUGUCAGCAACACGGCACAGAGGGUCCCCUGUGGCUAAAUAAAUUGUCCCAGAAGAGGCGAGGUGUGCUUCUAGGAGCACUGAAGGAGGAAGCACUUGAUCUUUUAACAAACCACUUUAGAAGAGAGAAAGUGGGGGUUGGAAGUUAUUGGAAAGGGUGAUCCUGAGAAAAGAACCUUACAGAUCACAAAGCAGAAAAUUAUGAAAGAGGAAGGGGAGGGGCUUUGGGGACCACCAUAGAUGUUGGCUCUGAAAGCAUCCUGCCCAAAGCAUCUGCCCUGAGGUGACAGAGCAGAGGAGGCUGCAAGCAGGCACCUCAGGGCCUUUGUGCCCUCCUCAUCCCUUCACUCUGGUUCCUAGGCCCCGCCUUCUCCGUGUGUGUCCCAGUGGGAGGGAGGGCCCUCAGGCAGCUGAUCUUGUUGCCUCCCGUGGUGAAUGUGCUUCAGCCAGCUGUGAACUGGUCUCUUAGCCAUGUUUCACAGUGUCCUUGUCCCCUCUAGAAGGCACGUGGUGCCCUGUGUUCUUCCUCGAGUGUCCAGUUGCUUGCAGAGCAGAGAAAGAGGAGGAAUGAGCCCCAGGUACCUUCCCCCACUUCCCCAUGUCAGAACAGGGUUGAGGCCUCUCUCUGAGUGUAAGCGAGGUAACCCGCUUGUUGUAACUUCUGAAGUGUGGGCUCUGGCUCAAGACUCCCAUUGGCCAGAAACCCACCAAGAUCAAAGCACUAGCAAAUACAGCUGUCCUGGCCCUCAGGCCAAACCCAUGAGGUGUGUCUGGGCACAGCCCCACCCACACGCCCCAUUGUCAGCCUUGGGCCCCAUUGUCAGCCCAAGGUGGGAGUCUGACCUAGCUCAGGAUCCGGCCAGGCUGUCCUGACACCAGCGGGGUAUGCAGGCUGUCACCAAGCCCCCGUGUGUCCUGGGCACUUAAUCUUCAUGAGCACUUAUAAGUGGACAGCCUCCGAGAUCCCGUCUCCUUGCCUAGUGAGGCCACCCCAGGUCUCCCACUGAGCUGGGCCAGCUUCCCUCUCCAGAGCCCAGUCAACUGGCACCUCUUGGGUUUCGAAACUCCUGCUUGGUGUUUGAUGUCGGCUUUUGUUACUACCUUGGGAAUUUUUAACCUUUUGAUUGUUUCCUCUGGUGUCUUUGUUUACCUUCCUCACUAUUCUACCUCCUGGCCAGGUCUCUCAGCUUAGCUGCCCUGGCGUGGGGUGUUUUUCAAACCUUCCAGCCACAGCUGCCUCCUCUCGGGCUGGCUGGCUCAGGGGUGACAGGGCCUCGCCCUCUGCCUGCAGACCCCGGAGGGCCCAUCUCACAGGCUUCUGUCUUGCCGAGUAGAACAUACUCAGUGAGGCAGAAGUGGAGUGUGGAGGAAAGUCUGAGGUAAAUCUACUGCUUCAGAAAGGAUGUGUCUUCAGGAGCACAUGGCAGGGGGCUGCCGUCGUCGCGGGGUUCACGCAGCAUCAAGACCUGCCCACAUCCAGACUCACCUUCCUGCGGGGAUCUUGACUUUGGAUGACAAGGCUUUAUUUGUAAAUAUGCUUUUAAUAUGCAACUUUGAGAAUAAAAUAGAAACAUCAUGUA